UCUGGACACUGUUUUUUAUACACAAACUCUGUAGGCAAUUGCCAGUCCAUAUCUAUAAGGUCUAUGGAGGGCCUUUAGUUCUCGUCCAUAAGCGUAUACUUAGCGAGGGCGUUGCAAACACUGGUACCAAGAAACUAAUGGGAGUUGGUAACCCCUGGCUACCCCUCUCAAAAGGCUAGAAAACGAACAAGACUAAAGUGUGUUUUCUUCUUAUUUAGUAUCUGUCUUCUCCAUAAAAUAGUAGUGAGAUAGUGGAAAAAAUGGAAAGCAUCGAUUAUGAUUUUAAUAUAGAUGAGAAAUACAGAGUAUACGCGAGCUUGUCGUUCGCAGUAUUGUUAUUAGGGAUCGGCGUACCUCUCUGGUGGCACACUACAACAGUGCCCCGAGUUACACUUCCCUAUAACGGAAUUGACGAAUUGUCGCAAAUGGAUAUCAAAAUUACCACAAAGAUUACUGUCGCAGCACUUUCACACAAUCGCGCCGAGUUACUCGCACAUGAAAUCAGACGAAUAUUCGCGAACGCUGAAAUAUACCAGUUGGAUGUGGAAUAUCAGGUAAUUUCCAAUAAUCUCUUAGCGUCCGUUUUCACAUACCAUGAACUUGAAAAAGUGGCCUCGACUUUCGAUCUGGAUGUAGGUGGCUUGCUAUUGUUGGAAGCGAUAAAUUUGAACGACGCUGUUUUGGUUGGCUCUAAGAGAACGCUGUAUUUUUCUACUGAGACCAGCAUUGCUACAUUAAUCCAAGUACUGUCAGAAUGGAUUCUGCGUGAUAAGUCAAUGGCACUAACAAAAAAUGCGCUUGCGGAGCCUACUUUGCAUAGCUUAGAUGAAGAGAACAGAAGACGAUUUCCAGCUAGUCCAGCAUACGACGUUCUUGUCACCUUAGUUAAUCCUGAUCCUGAAAAACUAAAAAUCGAUUGGGAUCUCAAAAUAGUAACUGAAGAAUACAUACAACCGUUUCUGGAUGAACUGUCCGUCUUAAGUAAUUUUUCGGUUAAAUCGCAGUGGCUGUACUUGUUACCAUUAGAUAUGAAUCCCAGACGUGUACCCGACAGUAGUCCGAGUCGCAAACACUUUGCUCUACGCGAGAGUGUUCUGCCACAACUUGUGACACCAUUGGAGAAAAAAUUAGCGUCGCAGGUUAGUCUUCAUCCAUGUAUCAAUUUAGUCGUUUAUAUGGUACCGUGUGACAAUGCGCCUCUACAUAUCUAUACCCGCAGUGGGCACAGAUCACGAACGGACAGCAACAUGGAAGCUUUUCUUUCUCCGAGAUGGGGUGGCGUAGUUCUGAUUAAUCCACUAUCAGAGAUUUGUGAGAGUGCACAAGAGGAUGAAGCGGUUACUGUCAUUCCCGAGGAAACUGCCAUAGUAGGCACAUUUCUAGCACAGCUCAGACUAUUACUAGGCAUCCCAGAAAUGACAUCUAUUAAUGGAGCAACGACGGUGCCAUUGGUGGGGUUGAAAUCACGCGACUGGGAAAUUGAUUCCUUGUUAAGAUUUCGCACUAUUGAACAAUUAACUUCAGCCAAACUAACUUUGCAGUCACUGGCACGAUUACUCAAAGAGAUUAGCAAUAUUGUUAUCACAGAUGUAGUGGGAAACAGAAUCAAGACCGCGCUCGAUUUGGUGCACGAGUCUGCGAAGCUGCUGGAACGAGGCGAUCUCGAACGUAGUUUCAUACUUAGUAAAGAAGCUUUUAUUAUUUCUGAAGCGGCUUUUUCCGACCCAACGCUCUUAGCACUUCUUUAUUUUCCGGAGGACCAAAAGUACGCAGUGUACAUUCCUCUAUUUCUGCCCGCUAUGAUACCGGUGAUAUUAUCGCUCAAGAAUAUACAAAAGUACUACUUCCCUGGAAAGGACAAUACAAAAAAAAAGAUGGAGCAUAAAGAACGUAAAAAUAACGAGGAAAGUAAAACCGAAAGCUGAAUAAGAGCCGCUUAUCCGAUAAUAAUAUAUUACAUCCGUAUAAUUAUGUGAUUAUUUAUAUAUAUAUUAAAAAUCAUUUUGAUCAAGAAAUAAUAUAUGGCAAUAAUAAAUACAGAACAUUCGAAAGGUU